CUUCCUCCUAAGAUGGCGUUGCACCUGUUUCUCCUGAGGGGAUUCUUGGUGAUUUCUGCGCAGCAUUAGAAAAUAAACCAUCUGCCAAAAAGCGAUAUUAAAGCGGUGACGGUUCAGAAUCAGCGGAAGUGAGGUCGGCCUUUAAAAUGUCCACAGAGGAGCUGUCAGCCUCGGAUAGCGAGGCUGUGCUAGCUGGAGCUGGGGAGCGGUGGGCUCCGGUGGGCGCUGUGGCCAGCCCCGAGGAUGAGAGCGGCAGCGGUAACGGCGCUCAGUCGAGGCAGAGAUGCUCGACGCCGGCCAGUGAGGAGGAAAUGGCCGGUCGGCUGAGGAGGCUCGAAGAGGAGCAGGACUUGUUGAACUCCUCUCUCCUCGCCCUCACCUCUCACUUCGCUCAGGUACAGUUUAGACUGAAGCAGAUAGUUCACGCACAGAGCGAGGAGAAGGAGAGGAUGCUGGCAGACCUGGAGGAGUUCGCCUUCAGGGGAUGCCCGCAUGUGGUGGGCUGCAGGGCUCAGGACGCCAAGCAGCUGGAGAACUCGGGCAAUCUGAGUGAGAGGGAGAAGAGGGAACGUCUGGAAGCACAGAGAGAAAAACAGAAGGAUCUCAUUUUCCAGCUGAAGACACAGCUGGAUGAUCUUGAGCGCUUCGCCUACCAGGAGGGAAGCUAUGACUCGCUGCCGCAGUCUGUCGUCAUGGAGAGACAGAAGGUCAUCAUUGAUGAGUUGAUCAAAAAGUUGGAUGUAAACCUGAACGAAGACAUCGGGAACUUGUCACCUGAGGAGCUAAGGCAGAGGGUGGACGCUGCCAUUGCUCAGAUAGUGAACCCAGCCCGAGUCAAAGAGCAGCUGGUGGAGCAGCUCAAAACCCAGAUCAGGGAUUUGGAGAUGUUCAUCAACUUCAUCCAGGAUGAGGUGGGGAACCCUCUUUUGUCAGAUGGACACAGCCAGCAGCCACGUGCAGCAGGGACCAAUGCCAGAGCUCCAGGAGCAAAGAAGAAAGUGGACCCGGAGCAGGCCCAAAAGAUGCGAGAGACUGGCCUGCAGCUGAUCCAGAAGGCCCUGGCUGUGCUACAGAUCUUUGCUGCCAGCCAGUUUGGCUGCGCGACCGGCCACGUCCCCCAGAGCAUGUGGCCCCAGGAUCUGUCCGGGCAAGACUAUGGACCCCUGUUGCAGCGUCUGGAGGCAACUGUGGAGAAGGUGCGAGUGUUGGGCUCACAUAGACAUCCAUCUGUUGAACACGUGGUCAGUUACACCAGCAACUCCACACUGGGGGCCAGAGAUGAGCUAACGACGUCAGUGAGGAAGGAGCUGGCCAUUGCUCUGAAAGACUUGUUGGCUCAUGGCCUCUUUUCUCCCUCUCAGACCAUGAGUGUGGUGCUGGCACCCAUCUCCUGCCUUCUGCCUUACAGACCAGUCCCACAGACCAUCCACCCAUGGGAACUCUUUGUAAAGUACUACCACUCCAAAAACGGGAGGGCCUUCGUAGAGUCACCGGCCCGCCAGCUCUCGCAGUCUUUCGGCCUGCAUGUUGGGGGUGGCCCGGUAACAGUCACCCCUAAGCAGUCUCUGCUGUGGGCCAUUCACACCGUGUUAAAGGAGCAUGGGCGCUACAAGCGAGGACCGGAUUCGGAGUUCAAAGCUCUGGUGUGCAUGGCUCUGAACGAGCAGCGGCUCGUAUCAUGGCUCAACCUACUGUGCAAGUCAGGGACUCUGAUACACCCGCACUAUCACUCCUGGAGCUACAUGGCGCAGACUGGCUUUGAAGGAGCCCUGCGCAUCCUGGGUCGCAUCAGCCACCUCAGAUUCAACCUGCCGGUGGAUCUGGCUGUUCGGCAGCUCAAGAACAUUAAAGAUGCUUUCUGAGGAAAAGAGUGUUUUAUUAGCUGAACUAAACUGCUCUUACCAAGCAUUCAGGACCAAAAGCAUGACUUUGUGCUUCAAAUAUGUAGCCUUUUAAAGAUUAUUUCAGCAGCAACCCUUCUAAAGUUAAGUGCAAGUGUGUGAUGUCUACACUACAAGCAUGGGUGAUUGUCGUGUUAGUCUGCAUUCCUGCUACAUUUAAAGAUAGUAAGAAAAAUCAGACUCAGUUGCUUUUACUGUAAACAUGCCUUAUAGUGGAGAUGGCGAUUACCUCAUCUUUAGCCUUCCUGACCUUUGCAACCUGUGCUGCUCAUCAUACUGUAUCAUUCCCCUGCUGUACGUGUUUAGUGGCCUGGGCUAUGCAGCAAACAUUGUGGGAGAGUCUUACAGUAAUCACUACUGUAAUUUCCAGUCAGUCCAGGAAGUAAAUGAAUGAAGUGAAAGUUUGCUCUGCUGUGGCUUCUCCACAGUAAACAAGAGCUGGCACAGGUGCUUGUUCUUAGAGAAUUAUUCAGGUGGUAAAUCAUGUGUAGCAAACUGGCUGAACGGCAGCACUCAGGUUUGCUUGAAAAGGAAAACGCGUCAUAUGGUUUUCUCCACUUGGGGAAACAUGGAGAGUAGUGUUGUGUAAGAAAUAUGCAGCUGUAGCAGAUGAAGCUGUCGGCACUUCUGGUGUUUUGGGUUUGAACAGCAUUUUGACCCUGUAUGAACUGCUGCUUUCCUCUUCUUCCAGGUGUAGUUAAAUCCAGUGAUAAUGGCUCAUAUAGGAUGAGGAUAUAUCCCGUAAUUAACAUGAAUAUUUUUAUUUAAGGCAAUUUUUUUUUUUUUAUUAAAUCUUCCCGAGACGGCUGAGUGGCACAUCCUAAAUAACUGAAUGUAUAAACCAUAGAUGCUAUUAAAGUCCGCGUUCACCCCAAAAAGUUGAAUUUACAUGUUUUCCUUUGGCCGUUAGUGCUGCCUGUUCCCCCAACCCAGACUGCUCUUAAAUGACUGUGCAGAGUCUUGGCAGGCUUGUGACCUGCUAGCUUUAGAAGGAGGUUCAAACUUUGUUAGCAUCUCAUCUCACUGAGCCACCUAACCCCUGUAGUUGGCACAGACAGAAUAAAAGAUGGAUGUAGAUACUUUGACAUCACCCACUGGUUAGUGGUGUUGCUAUAAAUCCUUGAGCGGUGUCAUCUUCUUGGUGUUUGAAACCGUGUACGAAUGUCAAUCACAAGUUUUUAGCCAAUAAACAUACUUCAGAUAAUCCCUCUUUUGGACCCUUAGAAUGACUAAAUUUAUCAAAUGUUUUAUUCAAUAUGGCCUGAAAUGAGUGACUGAGCUUAUGAAGUCAUCAGGAAGGUGUUUACUGAGGUCAGGGCUGAGGCCUGUUUUCCUGUAGACUUCUGUAGAACUCUCGUGUGACCAUUUAAAAUGAAUGCAGGUUUAAGGACUUCAGCAUUGGCUUCAUUUUCAGACCUGGAUGCUACGUUCAUCUUUUAUAUUGUCUGUGGAGGUUAUUAACUUAAUUGACUUCUGUUGUUGCUUAAUGGUGGCUGACAAACAUUAAGUAUAUUAUUAGUAAUUACAGUAAAUAUGUAAUUACAUAAUUACAUUAAAUAUAUUAUUAGUAAUUACAUUACUGCCACCUUCUGGCAGUACUGCUGAUUUAAAAACAAGGUCUAACAUAUAUUUUAACAAGAUUAUUUUACAAGAAAUGGUCAGUCUAUUCUUUAAAAAAAUCAAAUUUAAUGACUGUAGAUUUUAGAUUAAUGGACCAAUCAUGACAAUACCUACGGUUUAUCUAUAUUAUGUUAUGAAUUUGCCUGUUUUUGACACAACAUUUUCUUAAAUAUGAUGGCACUACGUGGAAAUACAUCCACAAUGUUUUUCUCCCAGAAAUCACGACCUGGAUACCCAAUAAAAUCCACAAUCCUUUGGCGUGGGGUUCCAUUACUGUUUACAUCAUGUGACAGAUGAAGGUAUCUCAUCGUGAAUACAUGUGUGCUUCCUUUGGAUCCGGUUGGCCUGUAGAAGGAAAAUGUUUCCUACAUAAAACUGCUCACACAGUUAAUGGAUAUUUUUAGUAACCAAGUCAGGAUUUCUGGAAAGAGGCAUUGAUAAAUUUGCUGUGUGUGUGUGUCGCUUUGAUUAUCACAGUGAGUGGCAUGUAGCUUCAAUGUAUUCAAGAGGAGAACAUUUCUAGGGCCAAGCAUGCAUACAUAUAUAGAUAGCAGGAAUGAUCAUGAUCUUUGAACAUUUAAAUAGUCAUUAUUAAAUAAACAAUUUAAUUUUUAAAAUAUCUUUAUGUGACUAUUGUGUCAUUAAGUUUAGGCUACCGCUUUGGUUGGCUACUCCAACCAAAACAAUUGAAAAGGAUAGAUGGCACUAAAGACCAGAGGACUGAUGUGUAAAUUUGAUUUUGGGGUGACUGCACCUUUUAAACUGAGUGUAGUUUAAGUCUUGUUUAUGGGACUGAAGCUCCAGUGUUCCUGCGACCACACGUAUGUAUCAGACCUCUGAGUUUGGAUUUCCUGCAUCAUGUUUUGUGUUAAUGGCAAAGUGUGUCUGUUUAGGAUAAAUUUAUGCUAUAUUUUUCACAUUCUUUUCCCUUUAUUUUUUAUUUAUUUUUGUUAGCUGUUACUUAUAUAUAGAGACUUGUAUUUAUUUGAUAGCAUAGCUCAACAGUGAAGUAGGUAGAACACUGUAACAGUAGCAGUUCAGUCUGGGAACAGUAAAAACACUGGAUCACCUAUUUAUGUUUUAUUUAAUCACUUGAAUCACAUAAUAUAUGGGGAGAUUUGAACUGUGUUUCUUUUAGUUUUUGAUCUUAUUUAAUGGAAUC